CGACGACGAAUGUAGUCAUCGAUCGCAGCAUGCUGCUGUUGCGCGUAUAAUUUAUUCUCGCGCAUUGUUUUCGUAUUCGUAUCUAUUUCGAGCGUUCGUUCGUUUUUCGAUCUCUGAUCGAAUUUUUGAUUUUAUAUAGAUUAAGAUACUUUGGUAUCUGAGAGAUAUUCUUCGUCCUAUUGUGAGAAAAAAGUAUCUAAAGCUUUGAAAGUGAGAAGUGAGACCAUCAGCAUCGACGACGACGGCGACGACGGGCUUGAGUGAGUCUCGGAAGAUAUGUUGUGGUGUUUUUGCGUCGGGAAAUCAUAUUCGCUAAGCUUUCGAUAACGGUGAUUGUUUUAUAGACUUUUUGAAAAAUAUACCUUAAGGAGCACUCAUGAUGGAUAUGUCAAGCGCAAACUCUUUAAACAUGCGACCUAUAUUCGCAGGAUAUCCAUUUCAAGGGCAAGGUCGUGUAAAUCAACUUGGUGGAGUAUUUAUUAAUGGUCGCCCCCUGCCUAAUCAUAUCCGAUUGAAAAUUGUCGAAAUGGCUGCAUCUGGAAUAAGACCAUGUGUCAUAAGUCGCCAAUUGAGAGUAUCCCACGGAUGUGUAUCGAAAAUACUUAAUCGCUAUCAAGAGACUGGAUCAAUUAGGCCGGGUGUAAUUGGAGGCUCAAAGCCAAAGGUAACGUCGCCAGAAAUUGAAAUAAGAAUUGAGGAAUUACGGAAAGCGAAUCCGGGAAUAUUUAGUUGGGAGAUACGAGAGAAAUUGAUUAAGGAAGGAAUCUCAGAUCCCCCAUCAACAUCGUCAAUAAGUCGCCUCCUCCGCGGAUCAGAUCGCACCAUUGAUGAUGGACGAAAAGACUACAGUAUCCAUGGGAUAUUAGGUGGACGUGGUUCAGAUUCGAGUGAUACCGAGUCAGAGCCUGGCAUCCCCCUCAAACGUAAACAACGAAGAUCUCGAACAACUUUUACGGCUGAGCAAUUAGAGGCUCUGGAACGGGCCUUCUCGCGGACACAAUACCCUGACGUCUAUACCAGGGAAGAAUUAGCCCAAUCAACAGGCCUAACUGAAGCUCGAAUACAAGUGUGGUUUAGUAAUCGAAGGGCGCGUCUGCGGAAGCAUUCCGGUUCGAGUGGUGGUCUGUCGGGAAUGAAUGCAGGCUUAGGCUUUGGCGGUAUUCCCGUGUCAUCUAUGUCUGGCUACACGCAGGCGACACAGUCGGUCCCAGGUAGUGAAGGACAUCAUCACCACCAUCAGAUGAGUAGUUAUGAUUUGAUGGCACAAUCUCAACAUGGCUUUGCUUCAGGCUUUCAACAUGCACAUUUUCCAGCUCAAAACUACUAUCAUCAAGAUUACUCAAAAAUGACAAUGGAUGAUUUUAGUAAAAUUACAGCCGAAAGUGUUUCGAAAAUGUCCCCAUCGAUACAUUUAGCUGACCAAUAUCCGAAAAUAGAGGCUCCACCAAAUUGGACACCUUCAGCAGCAUAUCACUUAAAUCAAUCAUCAGCAGCAGCAGCAUCAGUGGCAGGAUAUAAUCAUGCGGCGGCGGCAGCAGUGAAUGUCAAUGAUUAUGCAUCAGUAACAGCGGUGGCAGCGCACAAUAAUCAAUUAAAUUCAGCCGCAGCUGCCUACCAACACCCACUUCCAGUGCAAGGACAAUCGAAAUAUUGGGCGUAAAAGGGCGGCUGAUGGAUUUUUUUUUAGAAACUGUCAAAUGUGGCAAGAAUGUGCAAAUAAGGCCUUUAAUUUUUAUUUUAUUUUUUUGAAAAUGUGCUAAAAGUAAGGUUCUUCAAAUUUUAACAGAUAAUUAUUUUUAAUAUAUUUAGCAUAAGAUUGUGUAGUUAGUUAUAAUUAUGUUCUCAUUUUAUUUUUAUAAAAAUAAAUAACUUAAAAUUCAAAUAU